AUGUCAUCCAACCGGAAGCAAUACCUCCACUGUCACCUGGAGCAUUAUCCCGCUGGCAGCACCCCCGGCUCUGGGAACCCCGCACCACCUCCUCACCUUGAUGGUUGUAACAUAACAGUAAACGAGGCUCAGUCCAGUGGAAGUGGCAGCGGCUGCGGUGGUGGUGGUUACGGUGAAGGUGGUCGCCGCGAUGGUGGAUACAUCCAUGGUGGGGGUGGAGGUUAUGGCGGCGGUGGUGGUUAUGGUGGUGGUAGUCGGGACCGUAGUUACGAAGAUGGUGGAUCUCGCUACUCUAGGAGUGGUGGUUCUUCGGGUGGCAACUAG